CCCAAUCUGCUGCAGGUUCACUAUGGCCUGACGCAGCUGCGAGACAUCCGCGACGAAGCCAUGGGCCAGAUCAAGAACAGCGACAGCUCCACGGAGCUCAUCGACAACCUCACCCUCGAAAGCGGCGUGACGGUGCAGGAUCUCUUCGCUCGGCUGGACGAUGUCGUCGAGUGGUUUGACCGGCAUGUUGGCGAGGCUUGCAUAAAUCUGAUUGAGCUGGUCCAGAGCGGCAACGAUGGCAUGGUGGUGCGUCUGGCCGUCGUUGUCGAGGAAGAAGAGAAGACGGACAAGAAAAUCAAGGCGCUGCAGGACGCACAGCGGGAAUUUGGAGACUUGGCCUCGCGUUUCAAGUCCAUCGCCCAAGGGCCCAAGGAGCUGCGUGGAUACAAGGAAAAGUUCAUCACGGCCAUUGAAUAUGUCUGCAAGGCGCAAAUGGAUGAAGUGAGGACGAAGUUUAUGGAAGACCCGGAAAAGAUUGAAAAGUACUUCAAGUGGUACUUCAACAAUCUGAACACGGUCAAGCUGGGCAUGGUGAACCUCAUGCCCAAAAAGUGGAAGAUCUUUGACACGUAUACAAACAUCUACCACACACAGAUGCACGAAUUUCUAAUGGGCUUUGCCGACGACGAAGCUUUGGGCCCACAGUACCUGCUCGCCGUCAUUAACUGGGUGGACAAGUACUACGCCAAAAUGCAGAAGCUUGGUUUCUCGGAAGAGCAGUUGCAGCCCCAUGUGAUUGACAACCGCAGUGCCGAGCUGAUCCGCACAUACCGCUCAGUCAUUAUCCAGGCAGUUGAUCAGUACAUGGAGCGCAUCAACACCCAGGACAGGAAGAGCUUCCUGGAGCAGGACCGAUCGGCAUAUGAGAUCAACCCCGACGGCAUCUACCAGACAAGGUCGCUAGGAGAUGUCUGGACGCUGUUCAGUCAGAACAUCGGCGUCGCGGCCAGCAGCCAGCGCCCGGACGUUGCCGACGGUGUCGUAGAUGCCAUGUUCCGCGCUCUUAUCUCGCGCCAGCGCAUAUGGACCCAGCUCAUCGACGAAGAAAAGGCCAAAUAUGUCGGCGUAAACCCCGCACUGGAUGGCGAUGGAGUGCCCAUCUUCCAAGAAUGGCUUGUGGCGCUUGCAAACGACCAAAUUAUCUGCAUCGACGACGACCUCGAAGGCAGCGGUCGUGCUUCAUUCCUCAGUGUCUUUGAGCGCGAAGUCACGCCCAUUGUCUCACAAGACUACAUGAUUGACAAGCUGUCCAAGAACAUUGAUGAGGUCAAGAACGGCUACAUUGACAUUUCGUCACACUGUAUACAAACGUUCUGCGAACUCAUCUUCCUUACCGAUUUCAAGCCCAUAUUUUCCAAAUUCUUCACCCCCGAGUGGUAUGCCAGGACGGACAUGGCCUCGAUCAUUCUGACCUUCAAGGAUUACCUUGCAGAAUUCGAGGGCCAACUGCACCGGUCGCUCCGCGACCUGAUCAUCGAUUCCCUGGCGGACGAGCUGCUGGUGCAGUAUCUUGGCGCCGUACGCAACAAGGGUGCCAAGUUUAAGAGAACAGACCAGUUUGCAGCAAAGAUGAAGGACGACCUCCUGACCGCCUUUGAGUUUUUCCGGUCGUACGGCGACCAAGGUGCAGACAUUAUGCAGCGAUGGCGGGCUGUGCAAGAGUUCCUCAACCUGCUCGAAUGCGACAAGUCGCAGGUGCAAUUUGCUUAUGUGCAGUUUAAGACUGCGUACCGGGAUGUCAGUAUAUUAUGGGUAGAGGCAGUGUUGAGGACAAGAGAUGACUUUGACCGGGGCAUGCUGAAUGCAGUCAAGGCAAAGGCUGCCGAGGCGAUUGCGGAAGAUGCGCCCCCCGACCCAAUCAUGGGCAGAGUCAAGUGAGCUUCGGUGUGCCAGCCGCGAGGCUUCGAGCACUUUUUGGCGUUGGAGGUGUACUCACUUCAAGUCAGUACAUGGCUAACGAUUCUAGAGCAAUACCCCAGUUCUUUGACCAUGACUAGAUUAGCGAAUACGAGCAUUUGUAUGUACA